AUGGAGCAGGCGAUCUUGAUGCUCGCCGGCGCCCGCCAGGCGGUCCCGGGCCUACCGGCUGCGCGCAACGUGACGGGAGCCUCCGACAAGGCGGAGCACGCCGCGUGGCCCGCUGAGACCCGGCCCGUUGCAGCCGGCUCCGGGGACGGCGCGGGCAUCCCGCGCAUGGCGUCGUUCGACACCGACGCCGUCUCCGCGGCGCGCUCCCCGUCGUCGUCGAUGACCACCGACGGCGCGCACCACGCGCGGCCGCAACCGCAGCCCGCCGCCGGCGCUGGCCCCCUCCGCGCCCGCGGCCGCGCGCCGCCGCAGGCGUCGUGGCCGCAGACCGCGCACCCCUCGCCCUGCAGCACGCCCUCGCGUCGCUGGCGGCGGCGCCCGUCGCCCCGGCCGCGCCGGGGCGCCCACGCUGCAGUCGCUCUUGCGCUGCUCCACCAGCCACACGCGGGCGUCGCGGCGGGCGCGCUGGCGGCGCCGGACGCCGGCGGCGAGGCGCUGCGGUCGGCGGCGUCGGCCCCGGCGGCGGUCGGCCCCGGCGAGGGCGCGCGGUGGAAGGGCGUGAGCUGGGACAAGCAGCAGCGCAAGUGGCAGGCGCACAUCAGCGUGCGCGGGCGGAUGAUCAAGCUGGGGCGGUACGACUGCGCGGAGACGGCCGCGCUGGCGUACAACGAGGCGUGCGAGAUCCUCGGGUGGCAGGUGGCCAACGACCUGGGGGCGGCGCGCGCCGCGGUGCUGGCGGCGCCCGCGGGCGGGUCGUACAUCCGGUCGAGCACCGCGGCGGCGAAGCUGCGCGGGCUGCGGUCGCACUGCGCCCCGGAGGCCCCCAAGCGCCGCACGAGCCGCUUCGUCGGCGUCGGCUGGCACAAGAUCAACGCCAAGUGGCAGGCGCAGAUGUGCCUGCAGGCCAAGCAGCUGAACCUGGGGUACUACGAGUGCGAGACGGACGCCGCGCUGGCCUACGACAGCGCGUGCGUGCUCCUCGGGCGCGAGCCCUCGAACCAGCGCGUGCUGCCCGCCAGCAUCAGCGCGCACCUCGACCUCGCCGCGGAGAGCCCCGGCGCGCUCCUGUCGCGCAUCCACAGCGCGUCCGCGGCGCAGCAGCUCAUGUCGGCGUCCGUCGUGGCCGCGCCGGCCGAGGACGCCCUCGAGAGCACGCGCUCGCUCGACCGGCCCCUCGCCGUGGCCACCGCCGGCGGGAAGCGCAAGGCCCGGCCCAGCGACGACGACGAGCCGCUGCGGACCUGCGCGAGCGCCGACCCGCUCAUGAUGCUCGCCGGCCUCGCCGGGAAGUACAUCGAGGAGGACGCCUGCAAGAUGGCACGUAGCAACGGGCAGCCCUUCGUCAAGGCCACCCAUUGA